AUGAAGUUCAUUCUCCCCACCACCGUCCUCGGCUCCGCCAGCCUUGUGGUAGCCUGGGGCGAUUUGGGCCACCGCACCGUUGGCUACCUUGCCCAGCACUACUUCACCGAUGCUGCCAACCAAUAUGUUAAUGAUCUGAUCCGGCCUUCGGACACAUUCGACAUCAGCGAUGCUGCCGUUUGGCCAGACAAGGCGAGGAACUACCCGGAGUACAAGUACACUGCGAACUGGCAAUUCAUCGACGCUCAGGAUGACCCACCAAACGCCUGCAAUGUCAACUACAAACGUGAUUGCGAGGGAGAGAACGGCUGCAUCAUCAGCGCGCUCGUUAAUCAGACUGCGGUGUUGCAGGAUUCGUCCGCAGAUGCCAAGACUAGGCAGGAUGCUAUUAAGUUUAUUUUGCACUUCAUUGGCGACAUCCAUCAACCUCUCCACACUGAAGCCAUCGACCGCGGCGGCAACCAGAUCAAGGUGUCCUUCGAUGGCAAGCAUUCCGAGAAGCUCAACUUGCACGAAGUCUGGGAUACGGAGAUCCUCAACAAGCUCAACGGCCUCAAGCGCGAUCCCAAAGGCCCGGAAGAAAAGCAAGCCGCGCAGGAGUGGGCCGACAAACUGUUCCAAGCCGCCGGCGGCUCCUCCAACUUCAACAUCAGCGCAGCACGGAACGGCCAGCUCUGCGACAGCAGCAACAACGCCCAAGAUUGCGUGCUCGAGUACGCCACCGAGACGAACGCGCUGGUGUGCAACUAUGUUCUUGCGCCGCGCUUGGACUGGUUAGAAAGUAACGAUCUCGGUGGCGAGUAUUAUGCUGCGGCUGUGCCGAUUGUAGAGGACAGGAUUACGAAGGCUGGGCAGAGGUUGGCGGUGUGGGUUAAUGCUUUGGCGACGCAGACGCAGGGUGUGGUGGUGCAGAAGCAGGAUCUGAAGUGA